CUGGCAGUAUUCAUCCCACAAGCCAAUCGUGGAAUGUUUUCCUUUUUUAUAAAGAUAAUUGACAGUGCCACCGUAAACUCAUCAAUUUACCGAUUCUCAGCAAAUUCAAUUGAUGGUCAGAAAAUCUCUUUGGACGAGUACCGGGGCAAAGUUUGCCUAAUUGUGAACGUGGCAUCAUUUUGCACACACUCUUUUUCGAGCGAGGACUACGCAUCCUUGCGUUCCCGUCCAAUCAGUUUGCUAAUCAGGUUGGUCUAUACAACCCGGGUGGGCCCAAUUACAAACACCGAUUCUUUGCAGGAACCGGGUAGUAACGAAGAUGUCAAGAAGCGUCUGCUCGAGAAGUACAAGAUAGGCUUUCAACUGUUCGAGAAGGUGGAUGUGAAUGGCUCCAAUGCUCAUCCGCUAUUCCACUAUCUACAAAAUGCCCUUCCCGGCACACUGAUUAAGUAA